AAUACUAGUAUGUAUAAACCGGAAGUACUCCCACGGCAACCCGGAAGCUGAAGUAAAAAACAAAAGCUUGUAAAUGAAUCCGUCGUUUCGUUAUUGAUACUUUGUUUUUGUCACGUCCUGCCGCAUGUUAAAUGUUGUGCACUUGAAGACAUAUCCUGGUGACUAACUUCACGAACUGAGAGCGACGACGGCCGCCCUCCGAUCUUAUUGUUAGCUCAUGCUAAUGCUAAUGCUAAGGCGGUGAAUGUUGGACAAGAAGACUUCGUUCAUAGUUACAAUUCUCCACCAAGCAUGGCCAUGAAGUCCGGGGAAGAACGUCUGAAGGAGAUGGAGGCCGAGAUGGCUCUGUUUGAGCAGGAGGUGCUAGGAGGAGCAGGUCCAAACGCAGGAGGUGGAGGAGUGGGGGAGGCACUCCCCGUGGCUUUGGCGGUCAUCCGACCAAUUAUUGGCACGGGCACCUACAGCCGGGUUCAGCAGACACUUGAUGCCAGGGCAGCUUUUGUUGGACCUCCACCUACCACCUUUGUUGCAGCAGUCCCUCCAGUCAGCACCCCCCCUCCUCCAUUGAUGAGACCGGCCUUCGUUCCACACAUCCUGCAGCGGCCAGGUGCUCAGAGGAUCAACAUCAUGCGUGCACCUCCUGUGGCUCCUCCCAUGCCACGGCCUCCUCCGCCCCCGCCCAUGAUGAUGCCGCCUUCCCUGCAGGGCCAGAGCCCUCCCAGUGUCUCCUCGCCAGUCCAGCACAUGACUGCUGCACCUGUGGUGAGCGACAUGAUGGCCAUGGUCCCUGCCCCGCCCACAAGACCGGGAGUCCCGCCUUCCAUCAAGUCGGCUGCGACCAUCUUCCAGGCUGCGCCCACCGUUUACUCCGCCCCUCCCGUCACCGUCGGACCCCCCAAAAAUGAUGCCCUUGCUCAGCGGCAAGCCAGAAUGGAGGAGCUGGCUGCUCGUGUUGCCGAGCAACAGGCUGCAGUGAUGGCAGCAGGUCUGCUGGACAGGAGGGAGAGUGAAGACAACACUGCAGUCAUUGGACCCAGCAUGCCAGAGCGGGAAGUACGCAAAGAGCCUGUGGAGAGUUCCAGUGAGGAGAAGAAGGCCAACAAGUCCAAGAGUGACAAGGUCAGGAAGUGCAUCAGAACAGCAGCAGGAAGCUCUUGGGAGGACCCCAGUCUGCUGGAGUGGGAGACAGAUGAUUUCCGUAUCUUCUGCGGGGAUCUUGGUAACGAGGUCAAUGACGACAUCCUGGCCAGAGCUUUCAGCAGGUAUCCAUCUUUCCUCAAAGCCAAGGUGGUGAGAGACAAGCGCACAGGAAAGACCAAAGGCUACGGCUUUGUCAGCUUCAAAGACCCAAACGAUUACGUGCGAGCGAUGCGGGAGAUGAACGGCAAGUACGUCGGCAGCCGGCCCAUCAAACUGAGGAAGAGCAUGUGGAGAGAUCGUAACAUGGAGGUUGUACGCAAGAAGCAGCGGGAGAAGAAGAAGCUGGGACUGCGAUAGUCUCCACACAUAAGUACUACUAAGUACUACAUGGAUCACAUAAGUACUACAUGGAUCAACAUAGUCUCCCACACAUAAGUACUACUAAGUACUACAUGGAUCACACAAGUACUACAUGGAUCAACAUAGUCUCCCACUCAUAAGUACUACUAAGUACUACAUGGAUCACACAAGUACUACAUGGAUCAACAUAGUCUCCCACACAUAAGUACUACUAAGUACUACAUGGAUCACAUAAGUACUACAUGGAUCAACAUAGUCUCCCACACAUAAGUACUACAUGGAUCAACAUAGUCUCCCACACAUAAGUACUACAUGGAUCAACAUAGUCUCCCACACAUAAGUACUACAUGGAUCAACAUAGUCUCCCACACAUAAGUACUACAUGGAUCAACAUAGUCUCCCACACAUAAGUACUACAUGGAUCACAUAAGUACUACAUGGAUCACAUAAGUACUACAUGGAUCACAUAAGUACUACAUGGAUCAACAUAGUCUCCCACACAUAAGUACUACAUGGAUCAACAUAGUCUCCCACACAUAAGUACUACAUGGAUCACACAAGUACUACAUGGAUCAACAUAGUCUCCCACUCAUAAGUACUGCUAAGUACUACAUGGAUCACACAAGUACUACAUGGAUCAACAUAGUCUCCCACACAUAAGUACUACUAAGUACUACAUGGAUCACACAAGUACUACAUGGAUCAACAUAGUCUCCCACUCAUAAGUACUACUAAGUACUACAUGGAUCACACAAGUACUACAUGGAUCAACAUAGUCUCCCACACAUAAGUACUACUAAGUACUACAUGGAUCACAUAAGUACUACAUGGAUCAACAUAGUCUCCCACACAUAAGUACUACUAAGUACUACAUGGAUCACACAAGUACUACAUGGAUCAACAUAGUCUCCCACACAUAAGUACUACAUGGAUCAACAUAGUCUCCCACACAUAAGUACUACAUGGAUCAACAUAGUCUCCCACACAUAAGUACUACAUGGAUCAACAUAGUCUCCCACACAUAAGUACUCCAUGGAUCAACAUAGUCUCCCACACAUAAGUACUACAUGGAUCACAUAAGUACUACAUGGAUCACAUAAGUACUACAUGGAUCACAUAAGUACUACAUGGAUCAACAUAGUCUCCCACACAUAAGUACUACAUGGAUCAACAUAUUCUCCCACACAUAAGUACUACAUGGAUCACACAAGUACUACAUGGAUCAACAUAGUCUCCCACUCAUAAGUACUGCUAAGUACUACAUGGAUCACACAAGUACUACAUGGAUCAACAUAGUCUCCCACACAUAAGUACUACUAAGUACUACAUGGAUCACACAAGUACUACAUGGAUCAACAUAGUCUCCCACACAUAAGUACUACAUGGAUCAACAUAGUCUCCCACACAUAAGUACUACAUGGAUCACAUAAGUACUACAUGGAUCACGUAAGUACUACAUGGAUCACAUAAGUACUACAUGGAUCAACAUAGUCUCCCACACAUAAGUACUACAUGGAUCACAUAAGUACUACAUGGAUCACAUAAGUACUACAUAGAUCACAUACAGUAAGUACUACAUGGAUCAACACUUUUUCAAUAAACUGCAUUCUGCACUCUUUUCUUGAUUUCUUGAUGACUUUUUUCAUCUGGUC